CAUUAUCAACAGCUCCCCAGAGUGAGCCGCCCCCGUCAAACUUUCAGACAUUCUGACUACACCACAGCAGUCAAGAUGGUGUCUGGAAAGGUUUACAGCUGGUACUCCGCCCUGCUGGCGGCCAUGUGCAUGGUGUUGUACGGCUUCGACGCCUCCGUCUUCAACGCCGUCCAGGCUUCGGACAACUGGCUCGCCUACUUCGACCUCGAUCCGGACGAAGACACACAGCUCAUCGGCCUUAUCAACACGGUGUACACCAUCGGCGCCAUCAUCGCCGGCUUCUUCUUCGGUGGCCCCCUGGCCGACUACGCCGGCCGCCGCAUCGGAAUGGGCGUCGGCUGCGCCCUCACCAUCGCCGCCGCCUUCAUGCAGGCCUUUGCGCCUCGCCACAACCUCGGCGUCUUCAUGGCCGGCCGAGUCAUCAUCGGUAUCGGCCAGGGCCUUGCAUUGACCGCCGGCCCCGUGUACAUCAACGAAAUCACCCCCGCCGAGAUCCGCGGCGUGGUCAUGACCUUCUGGCAGCUCAACUUCAGCGUCGGCAGCUUCCUGGCCUUCUGGAUCAACUACGCCUGCGGCCUCAACCGCGAGAAGCUCGGCGACUGGGACUGGCGCAUGGUCGUGCUCUUCCAGAUCCUCGUCCCGACCAUCGUCUGCUGCACGCUCUGGACCAUCCCCGAGUCGCCCCGUUGGUACGUCCAGAAGGGCAAGCCCGAGAGGGCGCGAAAGGUGCUCUUGUCCCUGCGCAACACCCAGGAGGAGGCCGAGCAGGAGCUGCUGUCCAUCCGGGAGGCCAUCGAGUACGAGAAGGAGGCCAUCAGCAACAACUAUACCGCCCUGUUCAAGGACCCCUCCGUCCGCAAGCGUCUCUUCCUCACCAUCCUGCUCAACAUCGGGCAGCAGCUCACGGGGCAGGGCACGCUCAACAACUACUCGACCCAGAUCUACCGCAAGGUGUGGCCGAGCAAGUCGACCAUCAACCUCAUCAACGCGCUCAACGGCACUUUCGGCAUCCUGUUCACGCUCAACGCCACCUGGACCGCCGACCGCUUCGGUCGUCGAUGGCUGUUCAUGGUCGGAGCUGUGGGCAUGGGUCUCUGUAUGAUGAUCGUCCCCAUCGUCGGGAUGGCUACGCCGGACCUGCCCGGCGGGACGAAGUCGCAGUCUGUCGGCAUCUCGAUCGUCUUCCUCCUCUUCCUCUUUGCCUUCUUCUACAAGCCUUCAUGGGGAGCAACCGUGUGGAUCUACACGGCCGAGGUCUUCUCGAUGAACAUCAGAGCCCAGGCUGUCGGCAUGUGCUCCCAGUCGCAGAACGUCGCCAACACCAUUUUCCAGCAGUUCUUCCCGACGUUUCUCAAGAACACGGGCCUCAAGUGCCUCUUCUUCUUCAUGGCCGUCAACUUCCUGCUCGUCGCCUACGUCUUUUUCUUCAUCCCUGAGACCAAGAAGGUGCCCCUGGAGGAGAUUGACGUGCUGUUCGGAGGCGUCAACCACGUCGAGAAGGGCAGCAAGAUGGUCGGUCAUGGGCCUACGGAGCAAGAGAUUGAAGACGUCGAGGCCGAGCCCCGCCCGCAGCAGCAGCAGCAGCAGCAUCAGCAGCAGGCUCCUGAAGUCAAGGGUGCGUGAUCGAGGUUGGGUUUCAUGUGCAUCUGGGCGCAACAGCUAUCCAACACUAAGCAUACCACGCUUAGUUCUGGAUAAGCUAAACCAGGGGGGUAUGAUUCGAGUGACAAACCUUGCAUUUGCCCCUAGAACCAUUAAAUAUAUCCGAGUAUACCCAAUAUAUAUCCGAAUAGAAAUACCCCAUUGGAUGACA